AUGGGGCCCCCCUUUCACGAUGGUGGCGCAGACUCUGGCCACGUCACCAGCAUCAAGGAAGGGUUUGGCUUCAUCCGACCCCUCAACGACCGGCGGACGGGCGGCGGAGGUCUCUUCUUCCACUUCAGCGCUCUCGUCGGCCGUGACGUCCCAGUCGAGGGCGACGAGGUCUCCUUCUCGGUCGAGCUCGACCGCCGCUCAGGGCGCGAGGCAGCCAAGGCGGUGACCAUCUUGCCGCGCGGGACGCUGCCUGCGCCCGCGAGGGCCGUCACCGUCCGCGCCGUCGUGCAGAGAGAGUUGCGCGGCGCUCGUGGCGGUGACGGCUACGGCGGCCGUCUCGCCGUCCUCAAGGGCGACGGGCCUCCCGCCGAGGGUGACGCCGCUGCUGGGGAUGGCGGCCAGGACGAUGACGAGCAGACAGAGGUGGUGUCCUUUGACGCCCGCGGCUGCGAGAGGCCCAGCGCUCUCCACGUCGGCGAUCUGGUCGAGUGCCGCUUGAUGAGCGUGGCGGGCUCGCGCCAGCGCGCGGCGUCGCGCGUGAAGCUCAUCGAGGCAGGCGGCGGGCUGCCGCGCCAGAGCGGGCGGGCGCCGCGCGAGGGCGGCCCGCUCCGCGUGGGGGACGACGUGUCCUUCUGCGUCGUGCUCGACCCGCGCUCGCGCAAGGACGCGGCGACGAAGCUGCGCCGGCUGCCCGCCGGCUCCGUCGCGCUCGAGCAGCUCGGAGAGGCUCGGCUGCGCGGCGUGGAGGGCGCCGCCGAGGGAGGGGCGGGGAAGCUCAGCUUUGGGCUGGACGACGUCUGCGGCGAGUCGCGCGCGGCGGGCCUGUACGAGGGUGACGAGGUGAGCUUCAGAGAGGCGACCGACGCCGCCACGGGCGCGGUGGGCGCUGCCGACGUGCGGCUCGAGGCGCAGAAGGUGAACCGCGGCUUCGUGCUCUCGCUGCGCGACGGGCACGGCCUGCUGCGCGGCGAGGCGGGCGGCGCCCCGCUGAGCUUCGCCGCGUCGUCGCUGCCUGGGGUGAGGCCGCGCGACGAGGUGUGGAGCACUAGUACCGGCGGCUCCCUCGUCCUCGAGUGGGUCUCUCCGCGCUGCUGCGGCGCCGGCUCGGUCGAGCUCCUCGGGCCGCUGCCGCUUGCCGCUAGCGCUGCCGCCGCACCGCUUGCGCGUGCCGCCGGCGGGUCCGACUCGGACAAGCCCAUCCCCCUCGAGCUCGGCCAGGCGCUCGCCCCGCCGCUCUCGCCACGCGCCGGCGAGGAAGUCGGCGCGGGCCUGGCGACCCCUUCGGCCGAGGCGCGCGCGGCGCUCGAGCGAGUCGAUAGCGUGGCUGGCAUGGCGGGCACCGUCCUGCCGCUGCCUCAAGCCGACGCAAAGUCGCGCGAGCAGCUGGUGCCGGGCGACAUCGUCUCGCUGCUGCUGGCGGUCAGCGCGCGCGACGGCUCCGUGCGGCCCACGCGGGCGACGUACGAGCGGUGCGCGGACGGCGCGGUGGAGCGCGGCGUCGUCGUCAACGUGAAGGAGCAGUUUGGCUUCCUCAAGGCGGAGGCGCGCGCCUCGCCCGUCUUCUUCCACUUCUCGCAGCUGCCCGACGGGGUGCACCGGCUGGCAGCUGGUGCAGAGUUCGAGUUCGUCGUGACCGCCGAGGACGCGGCCGGCCGGAGGAAGGGCCGCAGCGUGGCCAUCCGGCUGCGUUCGCUCGCUCCGGGCACCGUCGCCUUUGAGGAUUGUCUCCUCGAGGAGGCGAAGGGGACUACGAUCGGCGACGACGCAGACGGAGAGGACGCCGCGAAGAUCUCGGUGCUGCUGCUCGAUAAGUUCGAGGGCGAGCGACUCAGGCUUCCGAUCGACCGUCGGCGGCAGGAGCAGGCGCUGCGUGGCGCCGUGCCCGCUCUCGGCACGACCGUCACGUCGCGGCUCUGCCGCCGCCGGCGUGACGGCGCGCUCGUCCUGGUCGACUCGACACCGGUGCCGAUCCGCGGCGUGGUCAAGGCCGUCUCAGGGGGCCAGGGCAGCAUCCGCGCUACGGACGCGCUGCCCCAAGCUGCCGUCGAUGCUGCCGCCGCCGCACGGACUGCGAACGCGGACAGCGAGGCGCCGUUGGGAAGCGACGGAGGAGGGCUGCAGUCGCUGCUUGGCAAGGGCGCGACGUGGGGGCGAGGCGCUGGGGACGAGGCGUCGACAGCCGAGCCCGAGACGGACGCGCCAGAAGACAUUGCAGCCGCUGCGGUGAGCGCAAUCUACAUCUCUGCAGGGCAGUCUCCGUUCGCCAACGCGGCUCCCACCGUCAAAGGCACGACGUCGGCGCUGGCCGAGCUCGCGGCCAAGCAUAGCGGCACGCCACAGCAGGUUUCUUUCUCCCUCUCGGACGUGCUCGUCGACCCCGAUCGCAAGUCGGCCUCUGUGCGCGUCUCUGUCGGGGACGAGGUGUCGUUCUGCCUCUGUGCCGAGCCACAGUCGCAGCAGCUCGUCGCUCGCCGCAUCUGCCAGACCAAAGCGGCCGAAGAGACGCCUCGGGAGAAGCAGCGGCAGGUCGACCCGGCCAAGAUGACGCGGUUCGCGAAGGGGCCCGAUGGGACGCGCGGCUUUGCGGCCGGGCGAGGGCGCGGCAAGGUGGUUUGA